AUGAGGGGAAAUGCUGCGGACGACGUUGAGAUGUCAAAUCAAGGUCUAAACCAGUUCCCUCAGAUUGAUGAAACUGAUUCUGUGGAAACAAUUGACGUUUCAUCAAAUUCUAUAAGAGAUUUACCUUAUUUAGAUAAUUUUGUAACAUUGCGUUCACUUAAUAUAUCAAAUAAUAAAAUAUCUGAUUUAAAACCGCUUUCUGGACUACAAUCAAUUAUAGAACUCAACUGCAGUAGUAAUUCAAUCGAAUCUUUAGAACCAUUAAGUUCGUUAUCGACAUUAAAAGUUUUAAUUGCGUCAAAUAACAGAAUUAGAGAGAUUACAAAGCCUCCUUCUAAAUCUCUUAUCGAAAUUGACUUAGCAAAUAACAAAUUUGAGUCAUUCGAAUUUUUACAAGAUAAAUUAGGAAAUAAAUUACAAAAUCUUGAUAUCUCUGGUAAUAAUAUCAAUGAAAUUCGAUCUCUUCGUUACAUUGCAGUGUUUACUCAAUUAAUUUCAAUAAAUGUAGGAUUAGUCAAUCAAAAUCCGGAAUUAAAAGUUGCCCAAUUUGCGAAAUACCUCUGCCCAAUGCUAGAAAACAUAGAUGGAGCUGAUUGUGCUGAUAUCGAUACAACCGAAGAUUUUAACGCCGAUGCCUUAAUAGAUAUAUUAGUAAAUGGUACGGAAGGCGAACUUAGAGCAAUGUUAGCUCAUACUGCAGGCCCUCUUCAAUGGGAUGAGCCUCAAUUUGUUCCAUUUGAAGCGGAUAUACCAGCAACACCUCUUAAAGGUAUAGAAGAGAGACUUAGAAAGAUUGAACAGAAAAUUCCUGAAGAAACAGCUUCGAAACCUGAAAAAACAAAAGAUACUGUUUCUCAAGCGGAAUUACGAGAAAUUCGCGAAGAAAUAUCCGAGCUACGAGAGCAGGUUAUUAAGCUCUCUGAAUUAUUGUAUGUUCAUGAUUGUGCUAUGAAAGCUAUGUGGGAAUCUAAUAAAUAA